AUGAAAAAGCAUAAAGUAGCUCAAGCAAAUAGAGAAGCUGAUCAGGAAAUGAAAACUGGAAAACCGGAUGAAGCAUUUGAUGAUGAAGGAGAACCAGCUACAGAACAGGUUGACCCUAUUGAUGUGGACACGUUAGAUGGUGAAGAUGCCACUCCGGACACAGAAAAGGAGAAACAAGAUAAAGAAGAAGCAGAGAAGCAGAAGCUGGACAAGGAAAAGACUUUGGUGCAGAAGACGGAAAGUUACAAGGAGUUAGCUGAAGUUCGUAAACAACAGUCAGAAGAGCUCGACAAUUCUCCAAGACGAAGCUUGGAUGAUGUCUCUGAUGUUCUGUAUUGGAAAUAUCAAGCAGAGAAGGCUGCCAAACAGCUGAGUAAUAUUCAACAGAAGAUGGAUAAAAUGACUUUGGUGCAGAAGACGGAAAGUUACAAGGAGUUAGCUGAAGUUCGUAAACAACAGUCAGAAGAGCUCGACAAUUCUCCAAGACGAAGCUUGGACGAUGUCUCUGAUGUUCUGUAUUGGAAAUAUCAAGCAGAGAAGGCUGCCAAACAGUGUUGA